UUAGCCUCAUUGAACGUUCACCUUCUAAAAGAAAUCGCUCGGCUAGCUUCGCGACUCAUAGAGGAAAGAUCAUAUUCAUUCUUGCGUGUCCGUACACAUCGUUGACCAUGUCCUCCGAAAUCUCCGACUCGUUCACUCAACCAGCCGAUGACUCAGUCCCCACCGCCGGGUCAACCCGUCCCUUCGACGACGACGGCUACAUAGGCUACGACCCCCGUCUCUCCUCCCAGCGCUUUGAUUCCUUCGCUGCGACUAACCUCGUCGACUCCGAGUCGCUCAAAGACUCGGCCACCGACUCGCCGAUCUUUCACGGUUCCGCCGGAGAUGACGUGUUCGCGUCGCAGCCGUUGCCGGAGACUCAAUCUCCGCCGUCGAUCUACGCAGAAUCCAACGGGAAAGGCUUCGAUGGCGAGUUUAGUGCAUCUGACGGUCCCAUUUUGCCGCCUCCGGUGGAUAUGGAGCCCGAGGAGGGCGUUGCUCUCAGAGAAUGGAGGAGAGAGAAUGCAAUUCGGCUUGAGGAAAAGGAGAAGAGGGAAAAGGAGUUGUUGAGCCAGAUUAUCGAUGAAGCGGAUGAAUACAAACUUGACUUCUAUCGGAGGCAGAAGAUCACUUGUGAAAACAACAAAACUAGUAACAGAGAAAAGGAGAAGUUAUUUGUAGCCAAUCAAGAUAAGUUUCAUGCUGAGGCAGAUAAACAGUACUGGAAGGCAAUUGCUGAGCUUAUUCCUAAUGAAGUGCCAGCUAUAGAAAAGAAGAGGGGGAAGAAGGAUCAGGAAAAGAAGCCUGCUGUUUUUGUUUUACAAGGCCCGAAACCAGGAAAGCCAACUGACCUCUCAAGGAUGCGGCAGAUACUGGUAAAACUGAAGCACAACACACCUCCUCACCUAAAGCACUCUCCACCACCUCCACCAACACCUCCUGCAAAUGAUUCUAAAAGCAAUGGUGCUGCUGUUGCAGCCACUCCCCCUAACGCCACAGCUGUAGCGACUUCUUCUGGGGCCGUAGUUGCUGCUUAAGAAUAUUUCCAUAGCCUGUAUCCAGAUUAAAGAUAUAUAUAUAUAUAUUUCAUUAGAAUAUUUGCAGCGGUUAUCCAUAGUAAGCAUCUUUUAGGUGGAUGCAUUUAGUUAUCCUCACAUUGCCCCUAUUCUAUGUAUAAAACUCGGCCAUUUAGAACUCAGUCUGGCAAUCCAUUACCGAUUUUAUUAUGUUAA